AUGCCUUACUUCACUAGAGUUGGACCUGGGCUGCCUACGAUAUCGUCCUCCGAGGACGAUGUAUGCUUUCCAAUCGUGGUGAAAUGCAGCGAGAAGGCCACGGCCGAAAUAAUACAUGACAAGCAGGCGUCGUUCUUCUCCCUGCACAGUUCGAGCCUGGUAUCGGAUCUUCUACUAUGUCGUGCCGCCAAGAGCACGAUUCUUAAUUCGGUACUGCCGGGCUCGCCCGUUUAUCCCGUCUGGCACGUCCACAGUAUGUGUGGGUACAUAACCUUUGAUUACGACAAUGAUAUACUUCCACUCUGCGGCAAUUCAAACCGCGGUUAUUGCAAAUUUCGGCGCGUGGACACCUUUGGUGAAGCUGUCGCGUUCCUCCUCGCAAAGGGCAACUCGGGCAGAUUGAGGAUGCUCGGCAUAUCAAAGAAGAGUUCCAGCAAGAGCUCCGAGUCAUCUCAUCACGCGGACAACAUGCCCAAUGCAGUACUACCUAGCAAUGUGUCUACUCUUACGGACUCUCCUCGCGUAACCCGGCGCUGCAGAACAUGUAAGAAGCCGAUGCGCGGUCACCCUAAAGGACAAUGCGCCCAGCUCCUAUUAAAUGCAGUCACUGACGAUAUCGCGAAGAUGACCAUAGUCCCUUCGGGAGGAUCGCUUGCCAAACCACUCGAGGGAGCAUUGACGUUGCAAGCAGAAACUGAUACAGAAGACACGCAUCCCCUCACACCCCACGUAUUUACUCUUUCUUCGCCGGAUAUUGUUGAGGUCAAGGAUUUUUUAGCCAUGAAGCAAAUUCCCGUACGCAUCGCGGUCGUUUAUCGACCCCAUUCGGAUGAUGGUUGGCUUGUGAUCGGAGGUAGUGCCGAAGAAGUGCAAGAUUUGACGAAUCUCCUUCAGACUAAGCCAGAUGAAAGCACCAAAAGGGGGUAUGGACUUGUGCACCUGGGGUCGGCGGCGAUGAUUGGCAUGAUUAGCACCUGGGCAGGUCUGGCAUAUGUCUAA